UUCACGACGUUUUUACGACAGUGCCGUGCGCCAACCCGUCCGUCGUUACGGAGUUGAAGUGCGUCUCUCUGGGAGCAGAUAUACCGGCUGGGGAGAGAAACGCAGCAGCAACAACAGAAAGGAAAAACAUCUCGGGCUCGUUUCCCACCUGGACUACCUCCGAGCACCGAGCAUCUCUCUCAGUAACAAACAAUUCAAGCAGAAAACUCGAUGUGGAAGCUGGGCUGAAGAGAGAAAAGGGCCACGCUGGAGGUGGACGGCGACUAGCUGAAUCUACCAAACCGAGCAGCUCGUUGGAGUAGCUUUAGUAGCUUUAGUUGCCUCCCAAAGCGACGCUUUAAUAAAGGAAGGAGCAGGACACAUUGAGAAGAAAAUGGACUAUGAUUUUAAAGUGAAGCUGACCGGAGAAAGAGAGCGAGUCGAGGACCUGUUUGAGUACGAAGGAUGCAAAGUGGGAAGAGGCACCUACGGUCAUGUUUACAAGGCGAAGAGAAAAGAUGGGAAGGAUGAUAAGGACUACGCCCUCAAGCAGAUUGAAGGCACUGGCAUCUCCAUGUCAGCCUGCAGAGAGAUUGCACUGCUGCGGGAGCUGAAGCACCCCAACGUCAUCUCACUGCAGAAGGUUUUCCUGUCACACGCAGACCGCAAAGUAUGGCUGCUCUUCGACUACGCCGAACAUGAUCUCUGGCACAUUAUUAAAUUCCACAGAGCGUCCAAGGCCAACAAGAAGCCACUUCAGCUGCCGAGAGGGAUGGUCAAGUCUCUGCUCUACCAGAUCCUGGAUGGCAUCCAUUACCUCCACGCUAACUGGGUCCUCCACAGAGACCUUAAACCAGCUAACAUUCUAGUGAUGGGGGAAGGGCCGGAGAGGGGUAGAGUAAAGAUUGCGGACAUGGGGUUUGCCCGUCUCUUCAAUUCACCGCUGAAGCCUUUAGCCGAUCUCGACCCUGUGGUGGUCACCUUCUGGUACAGAGCACCUGAACUACUGCUGGGGGCUCGGCACUACACCAAAGCCAUCGACAUCUGGGCGAUUGGCUGCAUCUUUGCGGAGCUGCUGACGUCUGAGCCCAUAUUCCACUGUCGCCAGGAGGACAUCAAGACCAGUAACCCUUACCACCACGACCAACUGGACCGCAUCUUUAACGUCAUGGGCUUCCCUGCUGAUAAAGACUGGGAGGACAUCAAAAAGAUGCCAGAACACUCCACGCUGAUGAAAGACUUUAGAAGGAACACAUACACAAACUGCAGCCUUAUAAAGUACAUGGAGAAACACAAAGUCAAACCAGACAGCAAAGCAUUCCACUUGCUGCAGAAGCUGUUGACCAUGGACCCCAUCCGUAGAAUCACAUCCGAGCAGGCCAUGCAGGACCCCUACUUUCUGGAGGAGCCGCUGCCCACCUCUGAUGUGUUUGCAGGCUGCCAGAUUCCCUACCCCAAGAGGGAGUUCCUGACAGAGGAGGAGCCGGAGGACAAGGCAGACAAAGUAAGAAAUAAAAACCAGCAGCAGCAACAGGGAAACAACCACACAAACGGGGCGGGGCACACUGGUAACCCUGACAACAGCCAUGCCCAGGGCCCGCCUCUGAAGAAAGUGCGAGUUGUCCCGCCCACCACUACCUCAGGUGGCCUCAUCAUGACCUCAGACUACCAGCGCUCCAAUCCACAUGCUGCCUACCAGAACCCUGGACCAAGCACAUCACUGCCCCAAAGCAGCAUGGGAUACUCCUCUACCUCCCAACAGCCGCCCCAGUACUCUCACCAGACCCACCGCUACUGAGACACCCCUCCCACACAAUCGUUCAUACACUUAUACUUACACACACACAUAUAUAUGCAUAUAUAUACGUAUAUAUAUGCAUACACAGCCCUCACCAUGCCCACGUGAACGAAUGUACUGAGGGAUGUGGGGAUUUCCAAGGCAACAAACUAGCCACACCCCGCCCAACAGAGGGCACUUUCUCUGCAGCAGUCUACACUUCUUCAAGAUAACACAACCCCAGUAUUAGAGACACCGCUUUAGAGCAAAAACCUGAUGGGUGAAACACGAGGCGGGUGGAUGAGAAAAAUGGAUACUGUGGUCGAACCAGCCAGGAGAAGAUGGCUUGGUUUGGGGGGGGACACGUGUUAAUCUGCUGUGAUGUCAUCUCCUCCCCUCUUCUUCUCUACCUGUCUCCACACCCCCACCUACCCCAGCCAGUUACCCUCUUCCCGUUGAAGCUUGGAUGAGACUGAAAGCUGCUAUGUGACUGCCAGCGGUGACAGAUUCCCUGUCCGACUGUCCUCCUGUCUGUCUCUGUCUGUCUGUUUAUCCGUUUGUUUUGUGCCCUGCGAGGGCCUCAGCUGGGGACUGAACUGAGCUGCUGUGAAGCAUGCUGGGAGGAUGUGGAGCCCCCCCACAGCUGUGGUGUUGAGGGUUUUUAUUCAGAAAGGACAACAAAAAAAGAUGACAAAAAAAAAGAUUUUAGUAGUUUCUAAUUUAAUUUGUUUUCAUGGUUUUGUUUUCAUGGCGAGUGUGGCAAAGCAGCUUGCGCAGGCUGCUGUGGGUAAGCCUUACAACAUGAUGACAAAACCAACCAAUCGCAUGGAGGAUGGCAGACGGAACAUGCAUUGUACUGUAUUGUAUUGAAAUAUUUUACAUGAAGCAAGUAUCCUGACAAUAAAAGUGAAAACAUUGA